AUGGCGGUUGAGAUUCAACUUAAGGGUAGCCACCUCCGCACCUCUCGUGUAAUAGAAGAGAAUGCGAAACUCAAAAACCAGAUAGCAGAAAUGGGAAGUACGUCUGAGAAAGAUUCCCUCCCUGACUGCAAAGGAUGUGAUACCCUGGUAGCCCACUCAAUUGCACCUCCACCUACACAUCGCUACUACACAAGGGCUAAUCAAUCACUGCAAAUGGAUCAGUUAAGGGAUGAUCUUAUCCAGAUGAGAGCUCAGGUUACUUCUCAGAUGGCCCAGUUCAUGGAGGUCAUGCAAGGCAUGGCUGAUCGCCAAGAAGAGCUCAGAAUCCGAAUGGACACAAUUGCUCAGAAGACCGCUGCUAUCCCUGUGUUGGAAGAGGACCGACACGAGGAUUUGUUUCCUGAAAGUGAAUGGGGACUUCCACAUGAUGCUGGAAGGAUGUUUAGAGGUCUGGAGGAAAGGAUGAGGGCCAUGGAAGGCCAAGGACUGGGGAUGGAUAUCAGUGAUUUGGGUUUAGUUCCUGGCGUCCGUGUGCCACCGAAGUUCAAGGUACCUGAUUUUGAGAAAUACAAGGGGAAUACUUGUCCUAAGACACAUGUCCGAGCUUACUAUCGCAAAAUACAUGUGUACUCUGAGGAUGAAGGAUUGUUGAUGCAUUUCUUCCAAGAUAGCCUGACUGGGGCAUCCUUGGAAUGGUACAUGAGAUUGGAGAGGGCUAACAUCCGAAGUUGGAGGGACUUAGUCGAGGCCUUCAUAAAGCAAUAUCAGUAUAAUGUCGACAUGGCACCAAAUCGUACUCAGUUACAAAAUCUAGCCCAGAAAAAUAAUGAGUCUUUUAAGGAGUAUGCGCAGAAAUGGCGCGAGUUGGCGGCUAGAGUCCAACCGCCUAUGCUGGAAAGAGAGAUGAUAGACAUGUUCACUAACACUUUGGAGGGCCAAUAUUACUCCGCCUGCUCUGCAUCUUCGAGCUUCGCCGAUUUGGUUAUGAUCGGUGAACGUAUUGAAAGUGGGAUUAAGGCUGGAAGAAUACAAAAUACAAGUGCUGCUAGUUCCUCCUCUGGGGCUGGUGGAAAGAAGCCAUACAAUGGAUUUGCUAAAAAAAGGGAGGGCGAAACAAGUGCUGCUUACUAUGGUCAAGGCAAGGGCUAUGCUCAUCAACAAGUAACCGCUGUAACUAUACCAAAUGCACCUUUUCAGCAAUAUCAACAACAACGGUAUCCGCCACGUCAGUAUCAACAACGACCGAAAAUGCCAGAAAGGGUUUUUGACCCGAUCCCGAUGACGUAUGCACAAGUAUUUCCGUAUCUCCUCGAUUUGAAGUUGCUCCAAUUGACGACUCUGGCCAUUCCUGCUAAGUUGCCUGCUAGUUGGGAUGCCAACGCAAGAUGUGAGUUCCACUCUGGGUCACCUGGACAUAAUAUUGAAAAUUGUAAAGCAUUGAAACAUAAGGUCCGGGAUCUUAUCGACUCUAAAGCCAUCGAGUUUACUCCUACUCAAGGACCUAAUGUUGUUUAG